GUGAGCAAUGGUUGGCUCUGGUUACGCGCGUCCGUUCGCGAUCAGUGUGUGUGUAUUGACUGAACGGUAACGGUGAUCCCAAAUCACGGUUAAAUAACAUGUCUGUGGCUUUCGCUCCGCACCGGCAGCGCGCCAAGGGCGAUAUAACACCUGCCGGGAUACAGAAGUUAUUGGAUGAAAACAAUCAGUUGAUUCAGUGCAUCAUGGACUUCCAGAGUAAAGGAAAAACAGCUGAAUGUUCACACUACCAGCAGAUGCUGCACAGAAAUCUAGUGUAUCUGGCCACAAUAGCAGACUCCAAUCAGAACAUGCAGUCUCUGCUGCCCGCCCCUCCCAGUCAGAACAUGGCCAUCAAUCAGAGCGGAGCGAGUCCACAGCUGCCCCACGGUCACAGUAUGGCAUCAGACGGGCCGCCCGCAGCACACAUGCAGAGCCAGAUGAACGGACAGAUGCCAGGUCCAAACCACAUGUCGAUGCAGGGCCCGGGGCCCAACCAGACCCCCAGCAUACCCAGCGGCUCCAUGAACAUGACACCCAGCAGCCACGGCUCCAUGGGGGCGUAUAACCACACAGUGCCCUCCUCGCAGGGAAUACAGUCACAGGGGCAGAUGAACAUGAGCCAGGGGCAGCCCAUGGGCAACUACGGCCCCCGGCCCAACAUGACCAUGCAGCCCAAUCAGGGGCCGAUGAUGCACCAGCAGGCUCCUUCCCAACAGUACAGCAUGCCCCCCUCUGGAGGCAGCGGGCAGCAUUACCAGGGCCAGCAGAACCCCAUGGGCAUGAUGGGGCAAGGCAAUCACGUGAUCGCACAGCGGCCCAUGCCCCCCUACAGGCCGCCACAUCAAGGACCUCCCCAGCAGUAUCCUGGUCAAGAGGAGUACUACACGGAGCAAUACAGCCACGCAGGACAGGGGGCGUCAGAGGGAAGUGCACAGUACGGUCAGCAGCAGGAGGCGUAUCCGCAGGCCCCCCCCCAGCAGCAGACGUACCCCCCGCAGCAGCAGUACACGGGACAGCAGGCGUACCCCGGACAGCAGCAGGCCUAUGCUGCGUCUCAGGGCGCUCCGAGUCAGUACCCCAACUAUCCCCAGAGUCAAGGGCAGCAGUAUUCGGCCUACAGACCGCCUCAGCCCGGACCCCCACAGGGACAGCCCCAGCGCCCCUAUGCUUUUGACCAGGGGCAGUAUGCCAACUACCAGCAGUAGAUGACGAGCUUUUGACUUCCCGACCAAGUAUUUCCAGUCUGGAGCUGUGUGUGAUCUGAUGGAGGGCGUCCGUGCUCUCAAACUCUCCACAUCACCUGUGAAGAGAUGACUCUUCCCUUCUAAUGUAGACUGAACUCUUCAUUCGGCCACAAGCAUUUGAACAAACCGAUCAACGAUUGGCUCGAGCACAGGGAUCGAAUCAUGAAACCACUAUUAAACUCACUUAAGUUUUAACAGAGAAGCAAUUUCACAGCAGCAAAGCCUUAAGUGAAACCGCUGCCUUAUUCACAGCGACCUCCGAAAUCAGUGAAAACACAGAAACACACACAGCAGUGGAACGAACGCGUUUUGUUUUUCUAAUAAAGUUCAUUGUGUGUUGUUGUUGUUGUUGUUUUUGUGUUUUUCUCCUCUCCUGUACAUGUCAGAGAAGCAAUAAUGCUGAGGUGCGAAUGAAGGCUGGUGGAGAGGGGGAAAAUAGUUUUACAUUUCAGGUUCAGAACUAUGCUAUGAUGUAUAAAUGUAUUUUAUGCUUUAUCAAAUAGAGCUCAGAUUGAGCCCAGGUGUUGAACAGUAGCUCCACGUGUCGUCCCGUGUGCUUAUUGACUGUGUUUGUUUUCUAUUGUAAGGUGGGACGCUCCGUUUUAAAAUGAGAUGUAUGUCUUGCUGAUAUUUGAUUAAACUGAUCUGGUACUGUA